AUGACCAUGGGUGACAUGAUAUUCGAAGAACUGGAAGAUUUGAUGCAUUUUUGUGUCCACGAUUUACCUAGUCGUGGUUAUUCCGUUAUGGAGGAGAUCCGACGACAAGGGAAACUUUGUGAUGUCACCCUAAAGGUCGGAGAGCAUAAGUUCAGUGCUCAUAGGAUUGUGCUGGCUGGUUCUAUUCCCUACUUUCACGCCAUGUUCACCAACGACAUGGUCGAGUGUAAACAGGAUGAAAUUGUUAUGCAGGGAAUGGAUCCCAGUGCACUUGAGGCAUUGAUAAACUUUGCAUAUAACGGACACUUAGCCAUAGACCAACAGAACGUCCAAGCCCUCCUGAUAGGGGCCAGCUUCCUUCAGCUGCAGAACGUCAAAGAUGCUUGCUGCUCAUUCCUUCAGGAGAGGCUACAUCCAAAGAAUUGUCUGGGUGUGCGACAGUUUGCAGAGACCAUGAUGUGUACCACCCUGUACGAUGCCGCCAACAGCUUUGUGCACCAGCACUUUGUGGAAGUUUCCAUGUCAGAGGAGUUUCUGGGACUACGGGCGGAGGAGGUGCUUGAGCUGGUUAGCUGUGAUGAGCUAAAUGUCAAAGCAGAGGAGCAGGUCUUUGAGGCAGUUCUUGCGUGGGUACGUCAUGAACGCGAGGAGCGGGAGGCUUGUCUCCCAGAAUUACUCUCUAAAACGCGACUGCCCCUCUGCCGACCCCAGUUCCUGGCUGACCGUGUCCAGCAAGAUGAAUUAGUGCGCUGUUGCCACAAGUGCAGGGAUCUGGUCGAUGAAGCAAAAGAUUACCAUCUCAUGCCAGAACGCCGACCUCAUCUCCCAGCCUUCAAGACUCGACAGAGAUGCUGCACGUCUAUAGCAGGCUUAAUCUAUGCUGUCGGAGGCCUCAACAGCGCAGGUGACUCAGUAAAUGUUGUGGAAGUGUUUGACCCAAUUGGAAACUGUUGGGAACGCUGUCAACCAAUGAGCACUGCCCGAAGUCGAGUGGGCGUGGCCGUGGUGAAUGGGUUACUUUACGCCAUUGGAGGUUAUGACGGUCAGUCACGGCUUAGUACUGUGGAAGUGUAUAACCCAGAAACCGACACAUGGAGCAAAGUUGCAAGCAUGAACAGUCAACGCAGUGCAAUGGGAACAGUUGUAGUGGACGGACAUAUAUAUGUUUGCGGUGGCUAUGAUGGCAAAUCCUCCCUGAAUUCAGUGGAAUGUUAUUCUCCAGAGGCUGACAGGUGGACGAUAGUGACGGAGAUGAGUGCUAGUCGUAGUGCUGCGGGAGUGACCGUGUUUGAGGGCAGAAUAUUUGUUUCGGGUGGUCAUGACGGUCUACAGAUCUUUAACACGGUAGAAUAUUAUAACCAUCACACAGCUCUGUGGCACCCUGUCGCCAGCAUGAUGAACAAACGCUGUCGCCAUGGCGCCGCCUCUUUGGGGAGCCAGCUCUUCGUCGCCGGGGGUUACGACGGCUCAGGGUUUUUGAGCGGUGCCGAAGUCUAUAGCUCGGUGUCUGACCAGUGGAGCCACCUAGUGGCCAUGAACACGAGACGCAGCCGGGUUUCUCUGGUAGCGAACUGCGGGCGACUGUAUGCGGUGGGAGGGUAUGACGGACAAUCCAACCUCAGCUCGGUGGAGAUGUACGACCCUGAGACGAAUCGUUGGACUUUUAUGGCACCCAUGGUGUGUCAUGAAGGAGGUGUUGGGGUAGGCUGUAUACCUUUACAGCCAGCUUAG